AUGGAGAAGGUGUCUGGGCUAUUGGCAUGGCCCAAAAGGCCAGCCCAUCCAGCGAGUAUUAUGGAAGAUAUUGAGUACUUUCCUCAGGAACUGCAUGUGAAACCCAAGUGUCUAAUCGCUCUAACCGGUCUCGACGUGGACAAAAAACCUUUUCAUGCAUCGGUAUUGAAUGGCUUCUAUUCUAACCUACGCAGCGAUCGCCUUGCAUUGAGAUUCCGGAAUCUUCCUCUGGACCACCAGUAUUCAAGAUCCAAACCAAAGCAUUCGUCGCAGUAUGAGUGGUACCUGCCCAAGGGUCUGCUCAAAAGGCAAUGGAUGAAGAAACAUCUUGAGGAAUUACCAGCCGUCGUGGUUGUCUUCUUUGACCUCGAAGGUAACGACAGGAGUUGGUCAGAUAAGGUCAAGGAAUGCGCUCGCAGCGUCGAACUUGUACGAUCCAACCUUAUCACACGGGCUACGAAAAUUGUUGUAACUUUGCUGCAAGAUAAAGCAUCAAAUGUCAUUGGUGGCAUUGUUAAUGCUACGGAAGAUUCGCAAGAGUUGUGUGAUCAAUGCAAAAUUAGUAUUGAAAACCUCUUCAUUUUGCGGCAAUCCGAAUUCAUGCUUAGUUCUAUUAAACGAUUAGAAGCGGAGCUUUACGAUAUGGCUUGCAAUUACUACCGUAAUGCUGCAAAGCGCGUCAAAGCCCACAAGUCCAGUCUUACUAAAUCCACGCAGCAGUUGCUCCUUGUUCGUCAUACCUUCAAGAUUGCAUUUUUUGACGAGUUGAAACAAGAAUCAAAUUUGGCCCUUAAACAUUACCGACAAGCCUAUAAUAAUUUACUGGAACUCAAAAUGCCCGACGCUCACCUCCUUGAAUUCAAAGUUGUCGCAGGUCUCAUAAACUUCAAGAUUUGUCGUAUCUCCUUUCAAAUGCGUGCUUCGGAUGCAAUCUCACAAUUUCAGCGUCACAUCGACUUCUUCAAAGUGGCUGUGGGAAUGCCUGAACUAGCCUAUGAGCACGAAGCCUGGCUAUCUAAACAGUAUGAGAUAUUCGGGGGUCUACUUGAUGAGGCAACGGAGUUCAGCUCAAAAGUCCCGAUCGCCCAGCAUCCAGGUCUAUACUUCCAUGAGGCAGGCCGCCACACCAUAAAUCGACGCGCCAUAGCUGCUCGGCUCUGUGGCGUCACUGCAGGUUGCACUCUCACCCAACAGAAUGGCAACAUCAGCACCGGUAGCCUCGUUACGUCCUCGGACAAAUCACCUACCCUGAUUGCGGCUACCGGUGUCGUCGGCGGAGCUGUUCGCGUUGGCCAGACCGAUGCUCCAUUGACUGCGGUCGUCCCCGCCACAACUAAUUCCCUGCCUGAGUUUUUCGGACAGCGCGCUUGGCGCAAUGCUGGGCAGGCAGUGGAGACCACUGACCCGGCUAAGGAACGUGAGGGUAUCUUGGCCCUUCAGGCCAAAGAGGCACAAGUCGACCACUCCGUGGGUCUCAAAUUAAUAAUCCCACUUUUUGCACGUGCGUUGCUUCACUUCGAUCGCUGUGGUGCCAAGCGAAUGCGAAAUUAUCCCACAUUUUGCAUUGCCGAGGAGUUUUUUCUACAGGCAGAGUACGGAAAUGCCCUCGACCAUCUAAUAAAGUUGCCUUCUCCUUCGAGACACUAUUUCAAGAUCGCGGAUGAUUUUCGUCGUUCAGACUGGAAUCCCAUGCCUACUUCCAUUUGUUAUCGUAUUUUCCAGUGCGCUUCUAAACUUCAGAAGCACGCUCUAAUUAUAUCCUCGGCCAUGGAACUCCUUUCCGACUACAGCACGCUUUCGCAAAAUGAAAAGGAGGAAAUUCACAAAUGCAUAUUCCUCAAAAAUGAACUUCAAGUCGACUGGGCAAGGAGUGUUGCAUCCUGUCAACCAUCUGUAGAACUCGAAACGUCUACACCCGAAGUCAUUGACCUCACUCAUCUUAGAAGUUGCGUUGAGUUGAAAGCGCAAUUCGCAAAGUCGUUCUUCUCUAUUGAUGAAGCAGUAAAACUCCUAGUCUUCGUCAAAUCCUUUACCUCCCUGACGCUGCACUUCGACGCGCUCUCGGUCAAGUUGAACCAUGAGGCGCUUCAGGACCGACAGAUUGCCUCGACUGGUGCCUCUACCACUACCCCCUCCUCCUCCAGCGUCUGUGAGUGGACCCAUCCUUUUGACCUCACGCCCGAAGAUCACCUUCGCCUCGUCGUUUUUACUCUCGACCCCACUACACUCGGUUCUGCUGUACAGGUGGAGGCCAUUCAGGCCACUAUCCCAUACACUGACAGUGGAAAUCGACGUUACUGUCUCUGCUGGUUUCCUUCCGCGGGAGUCCCUUCGCCAAUAUCUGCAGUAGUUUCCUGUAACUACAUGAGCCGACUGGAGGAGGUUAAAAGGAUCUUUACAUCUGCCGAAGAUGUCAACACCACUUUCAAAUCAAAUCUCACACCUCAGUGGGAGUUAUUUACCAACCAACUUUCGACCGAGAUACUGCCGAAGUCGGCCAAGUUGGAGAUGAGCCUUAGACAUACCCCGCCGCUGCUGUGCAACGAGAAGUACGUCAUCUUGUGCCAAGUGCUAAACACUGAAUCAGCAGAAUUGAACGAUUUGAUAGUGUCGGCUAUGCUGGCUGGUGGUGGAGCGAAUGAUCCUUCUACGGAGUUUAGCCCCACCGCGCUAGAAGCGCCUAGACGUAUGGGCAGUGUGGCAGUAGGUCAGUCUGCCGGCCGGGCCAUUGCCUCCGCUUCCUCUACAUCCGCCUUCAACUCCGUGGAUGAGAUCUUCUCUCAGGCUUUCCUCUCUUCCCACCUUUCACCCGGCGCCGACCUCGUCUGUCCCAUUUUUGUGCAUUGCCCCAUUGUCGCCGGUGACCGGAGUCUGCGUGUUGACGCUCACUACACCAUGCUGGCACAGCUUCCAUCUGCUGGAGCGAGGGUCCUUUCGUGGAACAAGAACGGUUCUAUCUGUGUUAUUUCUGCAGAGAUGAAGGCAAAGAACGGGAAUUCAACAGAGCUCACUCUGACACGGUGUAUCCAAUCGAAGCGUGUGCAGUUGUCGGUUACACCACCCUUCGAAAUCGCCUCGCGUGUUCUUUCUCUUAAGGGAUCCGGCGUUCGUUUCAAUGGGGCCUGCUAUCCCCUUCCUGCACCCAUAUCCCUUGAUCCGUAUGAGAGCUUCUCCGAAGUCCAGGUUCUGGUGGCAGUGGACAAUCAAAUGAAUGCAGAAUUCCUCAAAUUGGGCCAAUACAUUGUCAACUGGAGACGGCGCCGGCCUCAAGUUAAUCAGGACCCGAGUUUCCCCAAGUCCUCGAUCUCGAGCUCUACAUUCAACCUCCCCACCUGUGGUCUGAUGACCCUGCCGUACAGCGUUGAGCUUAGCCUCCCGCCCUUUGGUCUUCUCCACUCGCCCCUCACUAUGUCCUACACACUGAAGAACAAGACUACCCUUCUCCAGGUAAAUGCUCGGGAAUGUAAUAUUCUCUCUGUCUGGUAUAGGCCAGUGGAAAAGUGCUUUUUCGCUAAUAAUAACUUCUACGGCUAUUUGCGUUUUAGUCCUGUACUGAAUGAAUGUCAGGAACUCAACAUUCUGUUGGAAUCAACGGAAAGUUUUGCCUUUUGUGGUGUCCAACUAGCAUCCAUCCGCUUGCUCCCGAGUUCUUCGAGGAAACUCGAUUUCACUCUCCUUCCUCUCCGCCCUGGCUACGUCCAACUACCUCGCUUCCAACUGUGGUCGGGCCCCAGGUUGGAAGUGGACGGGGCCGAAGCGGCUGAGACAGAGAACUCAGUGGACGCUGAGACUGAAGUGUCCCCAAAAAGGCACUUGCUGCGGCAGCUUCAAUCCCACAUCUUUAUAAUGGUAAGAAGUAAACCUAGCCGCCAGAACGUUGCAGGCAUCUCGACUGGCGAUUAA